CACCAUUUCUUGUAAUGUCUCAUUUCAGAGAAAUAUUUUUUUUUCUUUCAUAUAUACUUUAUACACCCCCUGCUUCAAAGGUAACUUGAAUCAAAUGGAUCCUAACCAGAUCAAGAAGAUUCAAUCCAUGAACAGGUACAAGAAGAACAAAUUCCUAGACAAUUUAUAUUUCUAUUCCUUAACAGCUUUAAUAUGUAGUUUUUUCUGUUGUGUCACACUUUGUUUACCCUAUCUAUCAUCAUUCUUGGUGUAUAUGUCAAGUUUAAUCCCUCUUCUUUUGAGUUCAAAGCUCUUAUUCAUUCUAUGCAAUAUCAUAAUUUUUGUCCUUAUGAUAAACUCCAAAAUCCUUUCAUCAGAUUCAUCUACAAAUUCUGAUGUUUACUAUGAUGAAUAUAUUCAAAGUAGUCAAAGUCAAACUACAAAGCCUCAUAUUCAAACUUUUGAAGUCAACAAAGUCAAAACAUUUGAGAAACAUGUUGAGGAAAAUAUUAUGAACAUGUUUGAGAAACAUGUUGGACAGAACACUAUGGAUUUAAAGAGAAAGGUUUGGAUUAAGGAAACUACAAAAACAAUGGAAGCCAAAGAAGAAGGUGAUGAUUUAGAUGGAGGUUAUGAGAAACAAAGUAAUUUGGUUGGUUGUUCUGAUGAAUUGAACAAAAGGGCUGAAGAUUUUAUUGCAAGAGUAAAUAGGCAUAGGGAGUUUGAACUUAUUCGUAUGCAAAAUGGUUGUUACUAGACUAGUAUAGUAGUUGUAAGGGGUGCAAGAGUUUUUUUCCAUGUAUAAUGUCUCUGUGUGACACAUGUUAGCAGAUUCAAUUGAUGGAACAAAUUAAAGAAACCAUUAUUAAAAACUUAAUGGUUUUGUUAACAAAUGUUGAUCAAAAUUCAAUAUUUACUUGUAUUAACUCUCUGAA